AAGAUGUUUGUAAAUAUAAACUUCACAAAGAAAUAGAUUUCUCAUUAUUAUUUACUCGGUCCUCAUUCUUUAAGCAAGUAUUAGCUGAGAUGGUUGUGUUUUAAUCUUACGUCAUGAAGGCAAUUAUUUACGUUUUUUUAACUUUCUUUCUUCUAACGACUUGUUUGGCGGAGUUGAGUGAGGAGAGAAAAGUGCAAUUUGUAACAAGUUUCGUUGAUUAUUUGAAUAAUUUACCUAAUCAUGCCUUCAUAUAUGAUGACGGUGUCCUAUUAAACGCGCAAAAAACUGAUGAAAACAACUAUAAUAUUGAAAUAAAAGUUAAAGUUACAAGUAUUCAUAAUCUUGAAGCAUUCACAUAUCGUACUUGUUCUGUCUCUUUGGAAGACAAUGGCGGUAGUGAGAUCCACAUUAAUGAUGAUUACAAAUGUGAAGCACCACCUCCUUCUACCACCACAGAGUUUAAUGUGGAUAGUAUAGUGUCUCAAGAAAAAAGCACAACAACGGAAGAUGGGACAGAACAUUUGCCUGUGCAACUUGAUAAUGAAGUGCAGAGUAAUACUGCGGCGACAUCUGGAGAACAGUUCAUCGCAAUACCAAGGGAAAAGCCAUCUGCACCAUGCAUCGGAUGUUCCACCUUCGUGAACCCCGGAGCUGCAGGUGUCGAGGAGUUGGCUCUACUGGGCAUCCGACACCUCAACAGGCAUGAGCCCGAUGUCAAGCAUGAGUUGAAUUCUAUAGUUGAAGUGGAAAGGCAGGUUCAGAUUGUAAACGGUGUAAGAUACAUUCUUACGCUAAAAGUCGAUUAUAAUAAUUGUACUAUCGAUGUUGCAGAGAGUUGUACAGUUGUAAAACCAUGCAAAAUAACUAUUUUAGAAAAGCCAUGGGUCAGGUUAUAUGAUGGUUCAAAAUAUAGAGGGAUUUUAGCUAAUAAUUGUACAGAAGAAUGGAUAUUUAACGACAACGGUGAAGUAAUACAGGAGGAAAAUAAAGGCAGCGAUAUUGUAAAAGUACCAAAAGAUGAUCUAGAUAAUGAAGAUGACGCACAUAAAUCUAUUCCAGAUUUUGACAAAAUCGCCAACACAGGGUCUGUAGAUGACAUACUUAAAGCUAUACAUAAUUCCGACGUACAAGCUCAACCGUUAACAGAGAAAACGUUAUCAGAGGUCGAACUGAAAAAGUUAGAAGAACAAAUUAUACCUUACAAUCAGUUUUCGGAUACUUCAACGUUACAUGACGAUGAAAUAACCACAAAACUUGAUUCAGAAAACAUUAAUUCGCAGUCUAUUAAUAAAAUUGAAUCUAGAAAAAAAAUUAUACCAAAUUCUAAUUCAUUUACGUUUGAAAGGGAAGACAAAAAAUCUAAUACCUUAAACAGUGAUAAGAAAAAAGCUAUCGAUGAUUUACUUAAUUUUUUUGCAUCUGUUGAUUCACAUUCAAAUCAAGAAGAAAAGAGAAGUAAAAGAAAUUUAAAUUUUGUCGGUGGAAAGCUAUCAAAAGACAAUAAUGAUCCAAAGUAUAAAACAUUAGCGGAAGAAGCAUUAGCAAAAUAUUUACAAAUAUCUAAUGUGGACGAAGAAUUUGAAGUAUUAAAAAUUGAAGAUGUUACUGUCCAAGUUGUGUCUGGACAGCUAACUACAAUAACAUUUCAAAUAGUAAAAAAACAUGCACAAUCUAUGUCUCCACAGACAUGUGUUGCACAAGUUUGGGAAAAGCCUUGGUUACAGUUCAAAGAUAUAAAAGUAACCUGUCAAUAUAAUCAAUCUCAAGAUAAAAGACGAAAAAGACAAAUACCUGGUGGUGCAUUUGAGCAAAAUCCGAAUGACCCCAAGUAUUUGGAGCUAGCUAACGAAUCAAUGCAAAAGUAUUUAGAAACAACAGGCAAUUCGAGGCCUCACAAAGUCGUCGAAGUUGAAAAAGUUACCACUCAAGUUGUUUCUGGUACGUUGACUGAGAUUCAUUUUAAGAUUUUGCCUGCGCAAGGCACGGGUGACGUCAUAAGCUGUCUUUCCAAGGUGUGGGAACAAAGCUGGCUUAAGAAGAAAGACAUAGAUGUAAAUUGCCAAAUUGGAGAUGGUAAAUGGAGAUCAAAGCGGCAAGUGUUCGGUGGAAAAACCGAGCAAAAUCCGAAUGCCUCUGAAUAUUUAGAAGUAACAGGAAAAAAGCAAUCAAAUCAUAACAAAAACAAACAUUCUGGGCUUAGUACAGUAAAGUCUGAUAGAAUAAUAGUGGAAAAACUGGUUCGUGAGUCAUUACAGAAACUUGAAAAGUCAUCUGCACAUAAAAAUAAACAAAGAGUAUAUCAAAUAAUAAACUAUUCUAGUAAAAAAUCGUCGGGGCCGACAUCGAUAUAUUUCGACGUGGGUUACACGACAUGCUUAAAGUUCGAAUUAGUGAAUGAUAUAACACAGUGUAAGUUCUUAAAUGAUUCAUCUUUACGUCAUUGCGUAUCACAUGUUUGGGAAAGGCCAUGGUUAAGAGACGGCAAAGAUAUUGAGGUGAGUUGUGAAGAGCGAUCGAUAGAAGAAAUGAAUUCUGAAAACGCAAUGCUGAUAGCUGCUACAGCAUUAAAACAUAUCGAAGCCAAAUACUCGCACCCUCGUCGACAAAAAGUUGUGAAGCUAAUCUCGUUUGGAAAACAACUAAUCGCGGGUGUCCAUUACAGAAUGACAAUUGAAGUAGGCCCGACUAAUUGUAUUGUCCUAAGUUCUAAGCAAAAUUGUACGUUGGUCGACGAUAUGGGACCGAAUAAGAUUUGUCAUGUAAAUGUUUGGCCCCGACCGUCCGUUGCGCGAUUCUUAAAUAUCCGUGUUGUCUGCGAUCAUAAAACACGUAGCAACUUAACACUUCGAAAUCAAGAGGCCCGCGUACUUUUUGACGACUUCCUUGAUACCUACAAGCCGACGUAUAAUAGCAAUGAGACUGAAAAGUUAAGAAGAUUUGAAAUAUUUAGAAACAAUGUAAAAAUGAUUCAUGCAUUGAAUAUGGGGGAUGCAGGCACGGCUACUUAUGGUGUUACUAAAUUCGCUGACUUAACCCAUGAAGAAUUCAAGAGACAAUUUUUGGGUUUAAAGCCAAGUCUGAGUAAUCCGAAUCAGAUACCGAUGACGAAAGCAGUUAUACCAGAAGUGAAUUUGCCCGAUGCGUUUGAUUGGAGGCAGCGCGGUGCCGUCACCCCGGUCAAGGAUCAGGGCAGCUGUGGUAGUUGCUGGGCAUUCAGCGUUACAGGUAACGUCGAAGGUCAAUGGCAGAUAAAGACUGGCAACCUUCUAUCACUAAGCGAGCAAGAGCUAGUAGAUUGCGAUAAAUUGGACGAAGGUUGCAAUGGUGGUCUCAUGGACAAUGCUUACAGAGCUAUUGAGCAAAUGGGCGGACUAGAGUUGGAAGACGAUUAUCCUUACGCGGGCAAGGCUCAUGAUAGUUGCAGUUACAACAAGACAUUGUCCCGAGUGACUAUCAGCGGUGCGGUCAACAUCAGCAACAACGAGACCGACAUGGCCAAGUGGCUGGUCAAACAUGGACCUAUUUCUAUAGGUAUAAACGCGAAUGCGAUGCAGUUCUACAUGGGCGGAGUGUCGCACCCGUGGCGCAUGUUGUGCAGUCCUGACAACCUCGACCACGGUGUACUCAUCGUUGGAUAUGGAGAAUCUAACUACCCUCUAUUCCAUAAGCGUCUGCCAUAUUGGAUAGUAAAGAACUCAUGGGGUCCUUCGUGGGGCGAGAACGGAUACUACCGCGUAUACCGCGGUGAUGGCACCUGCGGCCUCAACAUGAUGGCCAGUAGUGCUAUUGUGUGACCACCAGUGACCACCAAUGACCACCAAUGACCACCAAUGACCACCAGUGACCACCAAUGACCACCACCGACCAGAGGCAUAUGGUAUAUAGUUAAACAGAUAAAAGAAUUUAUUAAAAAGUUUAUGUAUUUUAGUACGUUUAAUUUGAUUUUUUAAUAUUAUUUAUUAUGCCUGAU